AUGAUUGUGUGUGCCGAUUUAAGAAGUUUAGAUCCAGACGCGCUCGCGUUCAGACGGAAGGCUUUGCGUGACGCUGUGAUAUGCGUUGGAUGGCUGAAAUUAAUAUCUGUGAUAUGUUACAUAGUACUUUAUUUCCUAGUGCACGGCAAUAGCAGCGGCCAUAUGUCAACCGUCAUACAAAUUAUGACCCUGGCGAUAAUACCGUUCAUCAUACUAAGCGGAGUGCUGUUAUUUUUGGGCGCUUUAGAAGAAAAGACUUUUGCCCUCGAAAUCGGUCUCUGGUUGUGUCUCACAAUAGCGUCCUACAAUACGGUGCUGGGUGUCAUGGGCGGGAUAUAUUUUAUUCGCACCGGUUAUUUGACAAUGCAUUUCAUGUUAGCUGUCAUAUUUGGGAUAUUAUCAGUGUCACUAUUCACUGUGUUAUGCCACGACAUAUUAAUAAUAUACGCUUACAAAAGUCUCCUUAGAUCGUUAAGGUCAUGA